CAGGCGGGAUCCAUUCACACCUGUGGGAACAGUGUGCCUGGCGUUUUCUACUUGUUGUGAGGGAGGAGGGGACAGAGACGGUUCUUGUGAAUGUUGCACCACUGAAGCCGAUCCUUGUACAGCUUGCUCAUGUCUACAUGACCAAGUGCUAUGUUUGGGGCAGUGUCCAGAGCCCACUUCAUCCCUUGAGAAUGAGACCCACCCCCAAGGAACUUCAGUGCCAGCAGGACUUCCCUCUACUAGACCUCAGCUUUACUACUGGAGAUGGCAAGGGGAAGAAGACAUUUUUUUCUUCCUGAAGAAUGACAGGUUUAAACACUCAAUCCCAAGUAAAUUGUUUUGUUCUGGCAGUAGAAGAACCACCAUCUCCUGCAGAGACAAGAAGAAUACUAAAAUAGCAAGAGCUCUUAUGACAGGUAUAUGGGAUGAAGGGAGCCUGACGCCUGUCUGGAGAGGAGACCCCAGCCCCUGUGGAGCUGCCCACCAUGAGCAGGACACUGCUGGCCGGCAGGAUGCAGCUGGAGAUCCGGAGCGUCUGUGUCUUCCUGCCCACCCGUGAGCAGCUCAGCCUGGCAGUCGGGGUCAAAGCCACUGGACAGGAGCUCUUUCAGCAAGUUUGUGAUUUAGUGAAGAUUAAAGAGCCUCACUUCUUUGGCCUUAGCAUUGUUAAAAAUAAUGAAUAUGUUUUUAUAGACCUGGAGCAGAAGCUUAGCAAAUACUUUUCAAAGGAAUGGAAGAAAGAGACCACCAAAGGAACAGAGAAAUUCAGCCCUCCAUUUGUUGCGUUCUUUAGAGUACAAUACUACGUAGAAAAUGGAAGAGUAAUAGGCGAUAAGGUGGCACGGCAGCUCUACUACUGCCAUCUCAAAGAGCAAGUACUUAUGUCUCAUUGCAACCACAAAGAAGAAAUCUACUUCUUGCUGGCUGCCUACAGCUUACAGGCAGACUUGGGCAACUACAGAGAGAAGUUCCAUGCUGGCAAAUAUUUUGAACCUCAGGCUUAUUUCCCACAGUGGAUAAUUGCAAAGAGGGGGAGCGACUACAUCUUGAAACAUGCCCCAGAGAUGCACCGAGAACAGCAAGGGCUGAGCGCAAAGGAAGCGGUGCUGAAGUUCAUUAAGGAGUCCUGCCUGCUGGAAGAUGUGCCUGUCCACUUCUACAGGCUGCAGAAGGAUAAGAAGGAGGAUCGACCGACAGUUAUCCUGGGCCUGACCCUGAGAGGAAUGCACAUCUAUCAGGAGGUGAAUCACGUUCGCCAGCUCCUCUAUGACUUUCCCUGGUCACACAUCGGGAAGCUGGCCUUUCUGGGGAAAAAAUUUGAAAUCCAGCCAGAUGGUUUGCCCUCUGCACGGAAACUGGUUUACUACACGGGUUGCCCCUUCAGGUCACGCCAUUUGCUGCAGCUACUCAGCAACAGCCACCGGCUUUUUCUGAAUAUUCAACCAGUUUUGAAGCAGAUCCAAAAACUGGAGGAGGCUGAAGUUUCUUCCUCAGAGAAGAAGCGCUACCGGGAGUCCUAUAUCAGUGACACUCUAGACAUGGACCUGGACCCAUGUGACAAGAACUCCCAUGGCAGCGGGAGCAGCGGGGGCAGCCGCAGGGAUAACCGCCUCUCACGCCAGUCCACCGGGAGUCAUGGCAGCUCCCACACCUCGGGCAUUGAGGCUGACUCCAGGCACCGUGUGUCUGUGGAAAUGUCUGUGGAUGAGCCCUUCAGCACUGACCACGUGCAUAGGAAAAAGAAAUCCUGUAGCUCAACCAUCAGCUAUGGUAGCUCUGGCAUUGACAGUGGCAGCAAAGGGCGGACUGAAGAUGACACUCAGGAUGAUGAGCUUGAACUGGCAGUAGAUGAGCCAGAGGAGAUGCCUGUAGAUGAGCCUUUAGAGGGAGACCAGUUAGUGGAGGCCACUGUGGGACAAUCUGUUGAAUCCCUGCCUCUAGAUGCUGCUAGCUGCCAAGCUAUAAAUCAGGAAUCUCUGUCUGUGGUGCAAGUCACACUAAUCAAAAUGAGAGGCCAAAGUGUGGAAUCCCUCCACCAGGUCAGAUCGCCCAAAAGCUGGAGCUGCAUGGACCAGCACAGCCAGAGUUUGGAUGACAUCCGUUUGUACAAGCGCCAGCACCCAUCACUAAGUACCACGCUGUCUUCAGACACGUCCCACAGCUACACCUUCGGCUGCAGCCUCGAGGAUAAGCUGUCUGUCUAUGGCUGCGUGUAUUCCACAGCGGACUGCAAAACCAAAUCUGCCCUUUACGGGAAGCGAUCCAUGAACUGCCUCUCCUUGGAUCUUCUGGGAGAGGACCAGCUCCCAGAGGAGUUUGUGGUGUAAUGAGAUUGGAGCUCUUCCAUACCAGGAAACAGCUCAUCAUGGCAAUAUAUACCUCAUUAACGUGUGUUAGGUCACUCUGGUUCUUGCAGGAGAUGGUGAGCGGCUUUGUUAUUCAGUUCCGUAUCAGUAAGUGGCAUCACUUCUGCAGACCUGGCUACAGGGCAAAUCAGCUAGAGUGUAGCACUAAACACUGGCAUUGGUAGUGUCUGUCUGAGCAGAAUGUGGAAGUAGCCUGCACCCUUGGCAGGGACACAACCAGCAUAAAAACCAAAAAACAGUGGACCAAAACUGACAGUGAGCUAGUAAAGCAAACUUUGUCUAAAUGGAUUAAUCAGAAAUUUAAAGUUUGUCAUGUUCUUGCCUUUCUCUUGUGGUCCAUGUUUCUUAGUUUUAGUGUACAGAUAGUUUGUCUUCAGUUUGUGUUGCUGCAACAUUGCCAACAGCUGUCAGGCCAGGAUAUACUCUUAGCACAUUUGGAGGGCUGUGUAUGGAAGUGUCUGGCCUGUUUCAGUUGUAAUGAACACAAGUUGCUUAUUCACUGCACUGGGAGCAAGACCUGCUCUGCAAGGAGUUUCUUCUUUUGUUGUUAUUUUGUUGUAAGCAUCCAGCCAAAUACAAUAUGUGGUCUUUUUUUUUUCUUUAUUGCAACAAAUGGAACUGACUGUCAGCUGUCUCCUACUGCUGUGAUGCAGAUUGGCAUUAUAUCCUUGGAGAUAGGGAGGAGGUAAAGCAAAUGACUUGGCUGCUUCUGAGAGGAUAAAGGGCAAGAGCAUUAAUUGACAGGCUUUUGAAGAGAGGAGUGUGACUGGAGAAUUUGUCCAGGCAUGAUCACCCCUUACUUUGAUUCAUACUUUAAUGCUGUUCUUUUAUUUGUUUUUAAUAAAUCUAUUCCUUAGAUUUUUUUCCCUCUGCUUAGGAGGCAAGUAAGGACUGGAGAAAGUCACUUUGCAAGGACAGACAGAGUGACUGUGUCCUACUUAGUCAUGGAUAGGUCAUGCAAAUAUGUGUGUGUGGUGCUGCAGGGCUGAUGAUGGUACAGGUGGAGGGUGUUUGUGUGCCAGACCGAGGGUACUUGUUUUGGUGAUUUUGAGAGUGGUGGAUCUGGCUGUGCUGGCUCUCGUUAGGGAAAUAAUCAUAAUUAUGCUGUUUGAUUCAAGCAUUCGGUGUUGAAAAUAUCCUGCUACCUUGUUACAUGCAAAUAAGUGUGUUUGGUUUCCUCCCCUCAUCAAUUCCCAGCACUGGGAAGCUUGUACUUGAAGGCCCAGCUUUGUGCCCAGUUUUUGACAGCCAUCUAGGUGUGUUCUGGCAAACUCUAGAAGGAAAGAAAUAGUGGUUGGGGAAGUGUGUGUUGUGCAGUGUUGAUCAUCAAAAGCUGAAGACAGCCUAAUUCAGGAAAGGAAGGAAGCCAGACUAUGGCAAGGAAGGUUUGAGCUGCUGCUUUGAUGGUGGGCAUGCAAGCUCAGUAGUUGUCUGGUAAAUUGCAUUCCCUUAAGUCAUUAAAGUAGCAAAUCCUUGAAGGCCAUCAUCUUGCUACUUCUGUGUGAAUGCCAUGUAGAGACAGGCCAUGCAAGUGCCUCUGCAUUUGCUGAAGUGGGACCAACUGCUUUACAGCCUCUGAGAUGAAUCCAGACCAAACCCAAACUGCGUGCACUGUAGACAUGACUUAAUGGACUGUUCUCUCUUUGAUCACACUGUUCUUUCUUGUUGUGAUGAACAAUUAGGAAGUGUGUGUUCACUGUAGCCUCUUUUCCGUUGUUCUAAACAAAGCCAAAAUGCCUUUGCAAAGUACUUGAGGUAUGUUUACUGCAUCCAAAAUAAAUUCUUCUAAAUGGA